AUGCCUUUUGGCCUCACCAACGUCCCAGCCACCUUCCAACACUUUAUCAAAGAUCGGGUCCAUGACUACCUCGAUAUGUUCUGUACAGCCUACCUUGACGAUAUUCUCAUCUAUAGCGACACCGUCGAGGAACAUCAAGUACAUGUCGAGAAAGUCUUGGAGGCCCUACAAAGAAAUGGAGUACUGCUGAAAUCAGAGAAAUGCGAGUUUCUAUCACGGGACUAUAGGCGAUGGACUGUGGUGCCAAGGAAUACAACCUAG